AUGAGGCAUAUUUACAACCCCAUAAUAGGUGAUAGAUAUGAAAAAUCGCUGGUGAGCAGACAAGUGGCUAUCGUAUACCGUCGAUCAUUAUCUCAAGAGACCUCAUUAGGUCCUUUGUGCCGUCGCGGAUUCGGCAGUGGCAAGUGUGAGCAUCAAAUGCGCUGGAGCAGUCGUUGGCAAAGUGGCGAAAGUUCCCAGGCUCUGCGUAAUCAGGAGUUUAAAAAUCCCGACGAGACAGUGGGAGAGCUCCAAAUGCAAAUCAAAAAGGAAAUGCUUAUAGUUGAUCUGUUGAAAACACGGCGGAAACUGACGAAGGAGGAGCAGGAAAUUGAAUGA